UGGCUGUCAGCUGAUUCCCUGGGUUGGUGGCUGCGGCAGCCGUGGCGAUGGACUUUCUCCUGGGGAACCCGUUCAGCUCUCCGGUGGGACAGCGCAUCGAGAAAGCCACGGAGGGCUCCCUGCAGAGUGAGGACUGGGCCCUCAAUAUGGAGAUCUGCGACAUCAUCAAUGAGACCGAAGAGGGUCCCAAAGAUGCCUUCCGCGCACUGAAGAAGAGGAUCGUGGGGAAUAAGAACUUCCACGAGGUGAUGCUGGCCCUCACGGUCUUGGAGACCUGCGUCAAGAACUGCGGGCACCGCUUCCACCUGCUGGUGGCCAGCCAGGACUUUGUAGAGGGUGUGCUGGUGAGGACCAUCCUGCCCAAGAACAACCCGCCCACCAUCGUGCACGACAAGGUGCUCACCCUCAUCCAGUCCUGGGCUGACGCGUUCCGCAGCUCGCCAGAUCUGACAGGGGUUGUCACCGUCUACGAGGACCUGCGGAGGAAAGGUCUGGAGUUCCCCAUGACCGACCUGGACAUGCUGUCACCCAUCCACACACCCCAGAGGACUGUGUUCACCUCAGAGACAUCUUCAGGACAGAACUCCGUGAGCAGUGAUGCCAGUCAGCAAGUAGACCCUAGCCAGCACACCAGCCCUCCGCCCGCCCCAGCCAUGCUCGCUGGCGAUACUGCCAUCGUUCCAACCCCUGAGCAGAUUGGGAAGCUGCGCAGCGAGCUGGAGAUGGUGAGCGGGAACGUGCGGGUGAUGUCAGAGAUGCUCACGGAGCUGGGGCCCACCCAGGCCGAGCCUGCAGACCUGGAGCUACUGCAGGAGCUCAACCGGACAUGCCGAGCUAUGCAGCAGCGGGUGCUGGAGCUCAUCCCGCGGAUCGCCAACGAGCAGCUGACCGAGGAGCUGCUCAUCAUCAACGACAAUCUCAACAAUGUGUUCCUGCGCCACGAACGGUUUGAACGGUUCCGAACAGGCCAGGCCGCCAAGGCUCCCAGUGAGGCCGAGCAGGCAGCUGACCUGAUCGACAUGGGCCCUGACACAGCAGCCACCGGCAACCUCUCCUCCCAGCUGGCUGGAAUGAACCUGGGCUCCAGCAGUGUGCGGGCUGGCUUGCAGUCCCUGCAGGCCUCAGGCCGACUGGAAGAUGAAUUUGACAUGUUUGCGCUGACACGGGGCAGCUCACUGGCAGACCAACGGGAAGAGGUCAAAUACGAAGCCCCCCAGGCAACAGACGGCCUAGCUGGAGCCCUGGACGCCCGGCAGCAGAACACCAGCGCGAUGGGAGGCGGCAGCGAGAAGAGCCUCAGUGACUGGAUGGUGAGACAGGGCAUGAUCCCCGUCACCCAGGCCUGCCUCAUGGAGGACAUCGAGCAGUGGCUGUCCACGGACGUGGGGAAGGACGCGGAAGAGCCCAAGGGCGUCACCAGUGAAGAGUUUGACAAGUUCCUGGAAGAACGGGCCAAAGCCGCCGACCGGUUGCCCGACCUGUCUAGCCCCUCUGCUGAGAGGCCCCCUGGGCCCCCUCCUGGCACGGCUCCUCGGAAGAAGGCCCAGGAGAAGGACGACGACAUGCUGUUUGCCCUGUGAGCGGGUCUGGCACCCUGCGGCCCAGGACCGCCGCUGCACCCUGGCUGGGCCUCUCUCCCCCCUUUGGUGUUCUGGCUGCUUCAGGGUGGCUUCUGACCCCUUCUCUCCUGGAGGCUGGACUGCCCCAGUGCCAGGACUGCUGGGCCCUACCAGCGGGAGGCAGGGAGGCAGCAGGUGGACUUGGAGAACAGGCUGGCUCCUCCCUACUCCUGGCCACUGCAGCUGGCCGAGAAGGGGAGGCCAGACCAGGCAGCCUGGCUGCUUGGUCACCGGAUGUGACUCCUCGCCCUGAGUAACCUCCGCUCCUGGCUCUGCCCCUGAGGAGCCCUGAGGAGCCUACGCUGCCCACCCGGACCUGGCUGGGGCUGGCAAUAAUGGGCACCGUGCUGCGCAGCCUCUCGCCUGUUCUCAGCCGGCCUGGUGAGGUCUGGAGGGUGGGGCAUGGUGCCUGCUGAGCUGCUCACAGCUCAGGUGCAGGGCGGCAUGUGGGGCAAGAUCCCCCAGCCCCAGGCUGCCAGGUGAGGCCCUGGAGAUGCCAGCCCCACCCAUGCCAGGCCUGCCACUGCCUUGUCUGUCCGUCCUUCCUGUCCCCCAUCAGAGCUGCCUGGGCGCUGGGGCCCAGCUCUUGGUUGACCCACUUGUGGCGGGAGAGGUGCCUUCUGUAGCCCAAUUAAAGGUAGAAAGCCA